AUGGUCUGUAUGGAAAACAUUAAACGAUUAUGUUACGACAACAAAAUUAUACUAGCACCCAUGGUCAGGAUAAACACGCUACCAAUGCGUUUAUUGGCGUUGGAUUACGGAGCGGAUAUCGUAUACACAGAAGAACUGAUCGAUCAUAGGCUGAUUAGAUGUUAUCGAAAAGUAAAUGAUACAUUAGAAAGUGUUGAUUUUAUUGACAAAAGUGAUGCUACUGUGGUAUUCCGCACUUGCUCACGUGAAAAACACAAUGUUGUUCUUCAAAUUGGCACUAGUGAUCCUGAACGAGCAGCUAAGGCUGCACAAGUAGUGGAACAAGAUGUAGCAGGGAUUGACAUAAAUAUGGGUUGCCCAAAAGACUUCUCACUCAAAGGAGGAAUGGGAGCAGCUCUUUUGUUUCAUCCUGACAAGGCUUGUGCAAUUCUUUCUGCAGUGGUUUCAGCUGUUAAAAUACCAGUGACGUGCAAGAUUCGCGUGUUACAAGAUAUUGAUGAUACAGUUGCUCUGUGUAAGAAAUUAGCUGCUACUGGAGUGGCUGCGAUCUGUGUACAUGGUCGUACCAUUAAUGAGAGACCAAUGCAUUCAAAUAGAAACCAUUUCAUUAAAGCUAUAUCUGAAGCAUUAGAUAUUCCAGUUAUUGCAAAUGGUGGGUCAAAAGAAAUUAAAGAAUUUGAAGAUAUAAUAAAGUUCAAAAACAUAACUGGUUGCUCAAGUGUUAUGAUAGCACGUACAGCUGAAAAAAAUUGUUCUAUAUUUAAACGAGAUGGGAAAUUAGAAUUAUUUACUAUAAUAAGAGAUUACCUACGCCAUGCUGUUGACUAUGAUAAUGUUGCUCCAAAUACAAAAUACUGUAUUCAAAAUAUGCUUCAAAAUAUUCAAGAAACGGAGCAGGGGAGACUUUUUCUGGAGUCUACAUCCUUACAACAAAUUUGUGACCUUUGGGAAUUAGGUGAUUACUGUCGUCAAAAACAAAAGAAAAUGAACUAUCUUCGUUUUGAAGAAAGAGAUGUUGUGUGUAAUGACCAAAAACGAAUUAAACUGAAUUCUGCUGACGAAGAAGAAUCAAAUUAUGGUAAUAGUUUAAAAUGUAUGUAUAUACGAUCAUUAUACCCAAGACCUGAAGACUUGCCAAAAACAAAACUGUUAAAUUGGGCAAAAAAACACAAUAAGCCAUUACCAAAAUAUCAUACGGAACAAUUUGAAAAACUUUUCAAGAGUACAGUGACAUUUGACGAUCAAAAAUAUUCAUCUUCCUUUUGGGAAAAAAAUAAAAGAUGGGCAGAGCAGGGUUCUGCAAUUGUCUGUUUACAUUACUUGAAAGUGUAUGACAUGGACUACAUGAAAAUGAAUGGAAUUCUUGGUUGA